UUUGAUGCAACGUUCUCAGCCCGGUCGGCUGUUCGGCGGUGUGCGUUCUCUUUUUUCGUGCUCUUAAGCCCGCCAUGUCGUACCCGGUGGACGAUUACGAAGAGGGCUCUUACGAUCCAUAUGCUUAUACAGGGGAUUAUGAUUUACACACAGGAGAUCCAAAACAGGAUUUAGCCUAUGAGCGGCAAUAUGAACAGCAAACCUUUCAGGUGAUUCCAGAAGUGAUAAAAAAUUUUAUCCAGUACUUUCAUAAGACUGUUUCAGAUCUGAUUGACCAGAAAGUGUAUGAGCUUCAGGCCAGUCGCAUAUCUAGUGAUGUCAUUGAUCAGAAGGUGUAUGAGAUCCAAGACAUCUAUGAAAACAGUUGGACCAAACUAACAGAAAGGUUCUUUAAAAACACGCCGUGGCCAGAAGCAGAAGCUAUUGCCCCACAGGUUGGAAAUGAUGCUGUGUUCCUGAUUUUGUACAAGGAGUUGUAUUACAGACACAUCUAUGCUAAAGUCAGUGGUGGCCCAACCCUGGAACAAAGAUUUGAAUCUUAUUACAAUUACUGUAAUCUCUUCAACUACAUUCUUAAUGCAGAUGGCCCAGCUCCUCUAGAACUACCCAAUCAGUGGCUCUGGGAUAUUAUAGAUGAAUUUAUAUAUCAGUUUCAGUCCUACAGUCAGUAUCGCUGCAAGACUGCGAAGAAAUCUGAGGAAGAAAUUGAUUUCUUGAGGUUAAAUCCUAAGAUCUGGAAUGUCCACAGUGUUCUUAAUGUGUUAUAUUCCAUAGUGGACAAAUCCAACAUCAACAGGCAACUGGAAGUCUAUACCAGUGGAGGUGAUCCUGAGAGUGUUGCUGGAGAAUACGGUCGUCAUUCUUUAUAUAAGAUGUUGGGCUAUUUUAGCCUUGUGGGCCUGCUGCGCCUCCAUUCAUUGCUGGGUGAUUAUUAUCAAGCCAUCAAGGUUCUGGAAAAUAUUGAGCUUAACAAGAAGGUAAUAGAGCCACUUUUGUGUUAAAAUUGCACUUUUUAA